GCGGAACAAAAUGGAAUAGCCACUCGUAUAUUGAACUCAUUAUUUGAAAGUGAAAACAACGAGAAAUUCCAAAUUUCAAUUUCGUUCAUCGAAAUUUACAAGGAAGAAGCAUUUGAUUUGCUAGAUGGAACAUCGCCAGUGUCGAUUUACAACAAAGGUCAUUCUAAGGGUCAAGCGAUCAAGAAACCGAUCAAAAGUUCCAAUGACAUGUUGAUACUACUGUCACGUGGUACAGUGAAACGUCGUGUUCGAGAAACAAAAAUGAAUUUAAUUAGCAGUCGAUCGCACUGUAUUUUAAAAAUCUAUCUUGCUGUCAAGCAUGAACAAAAUAGCAGCACCGAGUCAGUGAUCAAUUUAGUAGAUUUGGCUGGAACGGAAAGCAUAAAAAAGACAGAAUGCACAGGCGAUGCCCGUAUCGAAAUGGCGAGCAUCAAUAAGUCGUUGCUUGUGUUCAGAAGAAUUGUCGCUGCAAUGGCAAAAAACGAUCAAGUUAUACACAGUGGUUCAGUAAUUGUGCAAAUGCUAAAAGAUUCAUUGAACAAGCGCUCCUACUUGACGCUCUUGGGCUGCAUAAGUCCGUAUAAAGAAAAUAAAGGCGAAACACGUACUACACUCGAAUUUGUUUCCGAUGCUAAACAAAUAACAAUGACACCUCGGCAAAAUACCCGUAUCUAUGAAUUCAAACAAUCGAAAACACCGAAAAAAUUCGAAUCAAAACAAGUAAUCCGAACACCAAAUUCAACAACAAAAAUGCGAACUCCGUUCAAGCGACCAUGGUCAGUCAGUCAACAGAAUAAAUUCAAACAGCAAUUUAGUGAGCCACAUGCCAAAAAACCCACGCAAAAUACUGCAAAACAAAUAUCUACGAUCGCAUCAACAUCGAAAAAAAUAAGUUUUAUGAAUAACAAAACUCGCCAUAACUCAUUGUCUUUGGAAAAAGCAAAUAAGCCGAAAGCUGCCACCAACCUAUUUCCAAAAGAAAAACCAAUAAACGAAACCACAUUCAUGAGACCAUCAAUUGAAUUCAAUUGGGCGAAUGCCUCCACGUCAAGCGUGAUCGAACGUGAUCAAAAUCCACUGGAAAUAACAAACUUAAGUUCAAACCCACAGGAAAAAUGCAUUCGUAAUAUAUUAAAAGAUGUGCAACUAAAUACACCAGACCGUGAAAUUGUGGUUAGGAAACUGCAGAUGCAUUACAGUACGAUUAAACCGUACGAUGCACAAUCAACGCAUUCGGUAAAGCAAACACCGCCGUUGUCAUCUCUAGCAUCGCCGACUGUAUCCAAUGAAUAUAUAGUCGAAAACAAUUCAUCUGUCACAAAAAGUGGAACCACACCAAUCACACCACAGGACGUAUCAAAUGUGCACGAAAGUGAAUUAUUCAUCAAAAAUGCAAUCAUAAAUGUUCCAAUGGAAACGGAACAAAACGAUAAAAAUCUAUUAAGAACGUCAACCAUUUCAGACGCUGUAAAUGACUUCCAAGAAACUCUUGAUCCAAAGUUCGGCGAGCCCAUUCUUAGUUCGACACAAUUUGUACAGCUCAAUGCCAACAAUAAACAGCCUGAGCUCGAUGUAAACGAUGAGAUUUUGACAAAAUCCAUGAACGUUUCGACGAAAAUUGGUGGCGUCAGCGAAAAUGUGUGUGAUACAGAAGGAGACACCACAGUUUAUUAUAAUAUUGAAAAAGUUAAAGAUACUGCUAUAGUAAAUACAAAUGAAAAUUGUCCGAAAAUUGUGACGCCAUUGAUAUUGAGAAAGAGUAAAAAACUUAGUGAUUUUGAAAAAACCGUUUAUCAACCAAUGAAAAAACCAAGAAAUGUACUGCCCAUGCAUCAAAAUAUUGAUGAAGAUGCACCAAAUCUAUGCUAUGCCAGCCCACAGAAUUCAUUUGUUCAACAGCAAUCGAUAUCGUCGAUGCCUGAAGUACCGGCCAUUGAAAACACACCGCGUAUAACCAGAUUAGCUGCUGCCAGAAAAGCUCGAAAUAACUACGCUCGAUUUCCGUUAUCACCGCGAGUUUUAUUGCACCGAAUCGAAAAUGUGCGUCAAUAUCAAAUGCUUAAAAAGCAUUUAAAUUCACGAGCAGAAACAAAAACUAAUAAGCGAAAAUCAAGAAUAGUCCAAAUCAUUCCCACUGAAAGAAAUACACCGACUGAACGAUCCAAAACUAAAAAAUUGAUGAUCAAUCGUGAACGCGUAUUGAACAUAAUCAACACAGGUUCUAUCGAUGACCUUAAAAAAUUACACACAAUUGGUGUAAAGACAGCGGAUCUUAUAUACACCUACCGGGACAUUCAUGGUAAUUUCACCUCACUCGAGUCAAUGAAAAAGCUGUGGUCGACUAAGUCCUAUCAAAAAUUUUUAAACAAAAAUUUCUUAGUUUAAAUCAUCGACAAUGAAAAAAUAUAUUUACAAUCAAAUUUUCCAUAUUUUUUUAAAAUAUUUAUUCUUUUUACAUCAAGUCAUAUAUAAGAAACUAAUGCAUUAACGACCGCCGGUAAAAAAUUAUUUUACCAAUAAAUUCUUCAAAUGACCCAUAACAACCAAAAAUGAACAAUUAAAAUAAUAUCCCUUAUAUUUUGAGCAUUCAUUUUGGAAAUGUAUAUUUGUGACUUUUGAAGUUCGAAACCAAUCGAAAUUUGUGAAGAAAGAAAAAAUCUGUGAGAGAUUUGGCUAUUUAUGGCUCUUUAAUACAACA